GUGAUGGUUUUACGAACGGUUUAAAUGCGCACGUGUCAGACGUUUAUCAGACGCCCGACUUUGUCUGCUAAAAUCAGCCGUGAUUGAGGAGUCCUGGAGGCACGAGACCUCGCUUCUGGAAGCUGAAGAUGCUCAUGUGGUCUUCCUGUUAUCUCCAGCGGAGUAUUUAUCUGUGGUCUUUUGUGUGACAUGCUUGGAGCUUUUGCUGAUAUCCUACCAUGGAUUUCGACGUUGUCGUUCGCAAUGGGACUGUCGUGACUGCCUCAGAUAUCUGGGAGUCUUGUGAUAUUGGAAUCAAAGAUGGAACCAUUGUUGCCGUCGGUCCUCGUCUUCCAACCAUAGCUGGCGCGCAAGAGAUCGACGCUGAAGGAGCUUUUAUAACUCCCGGCGGAAUCGACUCUCAUGUACACAACGCCAAUAUUGACGACGUAGAUCAUUCUGCCAUUACGAAUGGAGUCAUCCCAGACCGUGAAAACUAUGUCGCUGACACGUACGACACAGGUACGCGCAGUGCAGUAGCUGGAGGAACGACAACGGUAAUUACGUUCGCUUCGCAAAUGAAGAAGGACGAGAGUAUCAUCCCUGUCAUCGAGAAUUAUCACAAGCUCGCCAAGGACCAGUCCUACUGUGACUACGCUUUCCAUGUCAUCAUAACCAAUCCGACGCCCCAAAUCGUCGAUGAUGAAUUUCCGCGGAUGGUCGACGAGUACGGAAUUACGAGCGUGAAGUUGUAUAUGACAUAUAAACCCAUGAGGCUUCUAGACUACCAGAUUCUCGAUGUCAUGUACUCCGCUCGGAAGCUUGGCAUCACCACGAUGGUGCACGCCGAGAAUGCCGAUAUCAUCGACUGGAUGACACAACAUCUGGAGCAGAAGCUCAUGACACAUCCUUACCACCAUGGUACAUCUCGACCUCCGAUCGUGGAGGCUGAGGCGACGAACCGUGUCAUUUGUCUUGCGGAGCUCAUGGAUACGCCGAUCCUGCUGGUGCACAUAUCCGGUGGACCUGCCACUAAGCACAUCCGCGACGCACAAACGAGGCUGCUUCCGAUCUACGGUGAAACGUGUCCCCAGUACAUGUUCCUUCUUGCUGAUUCAAUGCGGAAGGGGGACUUCGAAGGCGCGAAGUGCGUGUGCUCACCUCCGAUCCGUGAGGACAAGUCCGACCAAGAUGCCAUAUGGGCUGGAAUCAAGAACGGAACAUUCAAUGUUGUUUCUUCAGACCACGCUCCUUGCAAGUUCAAUCAUCCAAACGGAAAGCAGCGUGGGCUCCAGCACGGGAACCUUCCAUACGGCAAAUUCCGUUUCAUACCGAACGGCCUACCUGGUGUGGAAACCCGUGUUCCGCUUCUCUUCUCGGGCGGCGUCCUCUCUGGGCGCAUCUCCCCACAGAAGUUUGUUGAGGUCACGUCCACAAACCCAGCUAAGCUGUACGGAUUGAAGAAGAAGGGCAGCAUCGCACCAGGCUUCGAUGCUGAUCUAGUGAUCUGGUACCCGCAAACGAAGUUCCAGCCUUUCAAGCUCACAAACGAGAUGCUGCACCAUGCUAUCGACUAUACGCCGUUUGAGGGAAUUGAGUUCAAGAACUGGCCGAGGUACACGAUCAUCAGGGGUAAGGUGGUGUUCAGCCAUGGAGAGGUAAUUGGGGAGAUGGGGUAUGGUCAGUUUAUCCGGAGAGAAAAGAGUCUGCUUCCAGGACCAAGAGAUGUUUGGUUGAGCGAAUGGCGUCCCUAA